CUCUCUUUCCACCAGAAACGUUACGAAGUGAGCCAUGUGCAAAGAAAGUUAUAAAGUAGGACGACGGAUUAUAUACACCUAACAUGUCUUAACGAAGGAAGUUCAUCGGAUGUAAAGACUAUAAGACUACUUUUCUGUGUGUGUGUAGUGAAACGGGCGUUUUUAUUGUGUAAUGGACGAAGACGACCCGUAUGAAUGUUUGCCCCCUACGAGUACAACCUCGACCCACAUGCUGGCGGGGGCUGCUGCCGGCGUCAUGGAACACUGUGUCAUGUAUCCUGUCGACUGUGUAAAGACACGAAUGCAGUCACUUGUUCCUGAUCCAAAAGCUGAUUAUCGCAGUAUCCUUGAUGCCUUCCAUAAGAUCGUGAAAUUUGAGGGUAUGCGGAACACUUUACGGGGGAUACAGGUUGUCGUUGGCGGGGCAGGGCCUGCACAUGCUCUGUACUUCACAUGCUAUGAGAAGACAAAAAAAUAUCUGGCAAAUGGACAGAGGGGAACUCACUUCACUCAUGGGGUGGCAGGUGGUGUUUCCACAAUAGUACAUGAUGCUGUGAUGACUCCUAUAGAUGUGAUAAAACAACGGAUGCAAGUGUAUGGGAGUCCAUACAAGUCGUGUGUAGACUGCACUAAAGAUGUUUAUACUAAGGAAGGGUUGAGAGCCUUCUACAGAAGUUACACAACACAGUUGACUAUGAAUCUUCCAUUUCAAAUUACGCACUUCAUCGUGUAUGAGAAAAUGCAAGAUAUUUUAAACCAUGAUAGAAAGUAUAACCCAUUAAGUCAUGUGAUCUCUGGAGGCCUGGCAGGGGCAACAUCGGCAGCAGUAACCAUGCCAUUAGAUGUUUGUAAGACUUUACUCAACACACAGGAAUGUUGCGCCCGCAAACAAGUAUCAUAUGUUGACGGUAUGGCAGCCGCAUGUAGGACAGUAUAUGAAUUCCAAGGGUUCUUAGGUUUCUUCAGAGGACUGCAGGCAAGGGUCAUCUUUCAAAUGCCUGCCACAGCAAUCUCAUGGGGAGUGUAUGAGACAUUCAAAUACAGUCUUUCAAAGAAACAGGAUGCUGAAGAAAAGUAUGGCAACGUGAAAGGGUUGACAGUGCAAGUUGUGACAGUGCCCUCCGACGACCAUCUCUCCAUCCCCAAACCUGCCCAUAAUCCCUAGUCCUCCAGCUCUUCCCACAACCGACUUUACCCCACCCUGCCCCCGCCCACAGAGGGUGUGCCUAGUUAGUCGUGAUGCCUGACAUCUGAUCUGUGCACCAGUCUCCAUUUUUUAACAGAAGGAAGACUUUACUUUAUACCGUUACAUUGUCACUCUUUCAAAUUGUUUUUCUCUGGCCUUUUAAAAUGAAGUUGGCCAUUGUUAAAUUUCAUUUCCUGAUCUAUUAAAACUACUUCAACUAUUAACACUUUGUUGCCCGGCGAAAAAUAAAACGGGGAGAAAUAUCAAUUUUACAGUGUUCGUUACAGUGUUCGCCAAGUCAUAGAAUUAUAUUGUGUAAAUGUCAGUUACAAUGAAAAUCAAAACGAUAUGAAAUAUAUAUACAGUACCACCAAAACAGUUUUAAAAUAGAAAUAGAUAGUCUGGAAUGAUAUAUAUAUUAAAGAUGCAACUGUUAAUUUUACUGCUUUUUGAUUACAUUAAAUAUUUCCAAUAAACAUAUAUACAAUUUAAAUUUAAAAUUGGCUAGGUGUUUUAGCUCGCCUAUUCCAAGAAUAAGGACGCCUAUGUAUUCUCCCUACAUUGAUGUGAACAUUAACAUAAAUAGAAUCUUAAGUGUUUGUAUUGGGAUUCUGAUAUUUGGCUUGGAGGUUCCUAACCCUUUCAACACUGUUGACCAUAAUGGACUCAUCCAGAUUAAUUUAUGGUAGAGUUUAUUAAAGUGACAGGGGGGAAAGGGCUAAGGUGUCCAACAUUGAUACAAUGUGGUCAGGGUAGAUGUUUAAUAAAUUUGGCAUGUUCUGGACUUUUCAGAUAUUCUUUGAAUAGGCAAGCUUUGAGUUAUGUUCUCAAUACCUCUUGUAUCUAUUAACAUUUAAAAGGUACAUGCAUUUAAAUUAGAAGAGUUUUGGUGCUAAAGUAUUGCUGACAAAUGUGUUCAUCUUUGGUUUUAAAUUUGGAAUGACUAGGUCUGAGAACUAGCCGGUCAUGUAAUUUAUUAGUGGUGGCAAGUAUUGAUGAUGUUCUAGCGUGUUUGUGUGUUUAGAUUGUAAUUGAUUUACUGUUAUUCAGAAAUGCAAAAUUAAACCCAUGAAGUUUCCAACAAAAUCAAUAUAGAGAUCUGACCAGUAUUGACUAUCUGAAAUUGUGAUAAUUUAUUUUGUUAUCUUAUCAGCUGCAAAAUUGUGUCUUUUUCUAACUUUAUUUUGGUUGUUAUUUUUAUUUUAGUUAGGGGUUCGAUUUAUUUUAUUUUUUUCUGAAUUGAUUACAACUGUAACAACAACUCAAUUUCAUCUAAUUAUAAGUGUUUGACAACUUGUCAGAUGCAAGAUAAAAUGUUUGAUCAAACAGGUGAUUGGGUUGUUAAAUAACUGGUCAGUACCCAUAGAGUUGUCAGACCUUACAUUGAGGUCUAGAUUUGUGAGAAGAAAAACUUAUACAAAUCGUUCGUCAACAAUGGUAUUUCUAAUAUAGAAAAUAUCAUACAGAUCAUUCAAUUUCGUCAGAAGAAAGACUUCUACAUAAUUGCUGAUUAUUUUCCGUCAUGUAUUCCCUACAGGGAUACAUUAUUCAAUGUUUCCUUCGAGCUGCUUCCCGACUUCUUAUGUGAUGUAGGUGUUGCAGGUGUGCUUGUGAAACAAUUGUGGAGAAUUUGUCAGAAGAAAGACUUCUACAAUCAGGUGUGUUUUUUGGUUUCUUUUUUUCCCCACAAACUCUGAAGUUUGUGUGCUUGUGCUUAGAUUUUGUCAGGAGAAAGACUUCUACAAAGUGUGAAGGAGAAAUUUGGUGUACGGUGAUAUUUGUCAGGAGAACGAACUUCUACAAAUUGUUUUAAGGUUAGCGUGCAUCCGCAUGUUCUGUGCUGGCGGCAGAACCCCACAGAGAACAUCAUGUACAGACAUCACAGCCAGUAAGGACGGACACGAUUAUCGACAUUACAACAGACAUGUAUUUUAUUUUACAGCGCUUUAAUCACAGUUAACCUAAUUGUUUUUCUGAGGUCUAUUAAUGGAUGUUUUUAAAAUUCUUAGAUCUUAAAGGAGCUUUUUAUUAUCUCAUUGUAAAUUUUAGUUACUGUGGCUUUUUUUUUAAUUACUGAAUAUGAUAAUAUCGACAGCUAAAUAGAAUUCUAUUCUUACUCUGAGGAAAAGGACCCCCAAAGUCACUGAAUGGUUUCAUAUUUAUCCUGUUUCAUUUGUAGAAAUUAAGAAUUUGUUAUACAAUAAACAGUUCUAAUGUUUUUUUCCAACUGUUAUUUCAAACCCAGUGCCACCAUAUCUAUAAAACUUUAUAUAUAGAGAGGUUAUUCUUGACACUGGACA